AUGUCUGUGGACAAUAACGAUGUCGACCCGGCAUGGCCCCCUGGGACCGUGAGGCUUGAGGACAUUUCUCCUUCGACGGAAGGAGCGGCAGUGAUCUUCGAGCCAAAACCAUCCAGCGAUCCAAAUGAUCCGUUGAACUGGCCACAAUGGAGGAAAUAUGUGAACUUCGGUUUUGUUUCUUACUAUGUUAUGAUGGUACUUGCGCUCAUCGAUGUCGCGACCGUCACAUGGAGUCCAGUGAAUGCCGAGUUGGGCUUCAGCUUUGUUUUGCUAAACGACAGUUAUGCUGCCGGGUGUGGAGCGCUUUGCAUCGGGGCUGUAAUUCUCGUCCCUUUCGCUCUCAAGUUCGGAAGACGACCCAUAUACGUGCUCAGCACUGCUGCCCAAUGUGGUAUCAGUAUUUGGUCUGCCCGUAUGCAAAAUGUGGCAGACCUGAUGCUGGUCAACAUAUUGAGUUGUAUCGUCGGCGCUCUAGCAGAAGUCCUGGUGCAGAUGACGGUGGCGGAUAUGUUCUUCGUGCAUGAGAGGGGACUUAUGAAUACGUUGUAUUAUUGGGUGACGACUGUAGGAGUCACGCUGGCGCCACUGGCCGGUGGGUAUAUUACUCUUUCUCAGGGCUGGCGCUGGGUGUGGUGGUGGAUGGCCAUUCUAUUUGGAGUCGGGCUCAUCGCCUUUGUCUUUUUCUACGAAGAGACGAUGUUUUUGGCGCCGUCUAUCGAUGGAAUCCCUGUCGCUGACAAGUUGGCGCCUCCGCCAGCUUCCGUGAAAGGGGAACACGAAGCCUCUGACUCAAAGGGAGAUCAGCAUGGCCCGCUUCCACAGAUUGUACAAGUGGAGCCUGUGCAAAUUGACUACUCGAUCCCAAAGAAGUCAUACUGGAAGAAAUUGGAAUUAUGGACCAAUUCCCCCAUGUCCUUCGUUGACCUGUUGAAGCACAGCUAUCAACCCUUUUUAAUCAUGUUUAGCAUUCCGGCAGUCUUCUUUAUGGCCUUGGAGUACGGAAUCAUGACCGCUUGCACAACAGUACCGGUGACUACGCUCUCCUCAGUCAUGACUCUCCCACCCUACAAUUUUGGUUCGGCUCAGAUAGGCCUGAUGGGACUUCCACCAUUUAUUGGCACAAGUCUGGCGGCCAUAAUAUGUGGCCCAUUGAGCGAUAAAAUUGCGCUUCGACUUGCGAAGAGAAAUGGGGGCGUGUUUGAGCCCGAGAUGCGCCUCUGGCUUUGCUUGAUAUUCUUGCCUCUUGUCCCAGCAGGCCUCUUCAUGUUUGGAAUCGGCCUGAACAAUGGAUCUCAUUGGCUGCUUCCAGCAUUUGGGUUGGGGAUCAAUGCAUUCGGUGUGGUUCCUGCCAGCAGUGCUGCGCUUACUUACCUGACCGAUGCAUAUACAGAUAUCAUCGCUGAUUCAAUUGUCGGCGUCACUUUCAUUCGUAACUUGAUCUCUACGAUAUUUGUCUUCGCCUUGGCACCAUGGGUCGACCGGGUUGGACUGACGUGGUUCUACGUGACCUUUGGCUUGAUCGUCACUUUCAUUAUGCUUGGGAAUAUUGUCUUUAUUUACUUUGGGAAGUCCUUCAGGGUUCGUGCUGCAGGGAGAUAUCGCCAUUUCAGCGCACUCAAACUUGGAGCAGCGUGA